GGAUGCUUCGAGUAUUAGUAGCCUUGCCGAGCGGAAGAGCAGAAAACCUGGAAGUUCCGGAAUCCUCCAAAGUAGGGGAUUUGAAUUUUCUUGCUCGAAGAGCGUUCAAGAAAGGCUUCAUACGGCUUGUCACUGCAGAUGGGCAGAUCCUCUCUGAUCCUCUUCAAACUUUGACAUCUUUGACAUCUUCGACUCUGCUCCACCGCCUCAUAGCGGUCGUGCGACAAGUGAAGAUCGCAGCGACUCGAAAGGCCUUUGUGCUGUGGUGUGAUGGAGCUGACCGCAUCGUCACAUGGGGUGACCCAGAGUGGGGUGGUGAUAGUUCCGCCAUUGAACAUCAGCUAAAGAGUGUGCAAGAAGUUCAAGCCACAUCUCGCGCAUUUGCUGCAGUUCUGGCAGAUGGAUCCGUGGUUACAUGGGGUGAUCCACGCUUCGGCGGUGACAGCUCCACAGUCAAAGAUCGGCUUCAAGGUGUGCAACAAGUUCGCGCCACAGUUCAUGCAUUCGCUGCCCUCUUGGCGGAUGGUUCUGUUGUGACCUGGGGAGAUGCGCAUUUCGGAGGUGAUAGCUCUGCAGUCCAAGAUCGGCUCAAGAACGUGCAACAAGUACAGGCCACGCACUAUGCAUUUGCUGCAAUCCUGGCCGACGGAUCUUGUGUAACAUGGGGCCCUGAUUUGGGCGCGACCUUUGAAAUCCAAGAGCUCAGGGGUGUCCAACAGGUCCAGGGCACGUUUCGCGCGUUUGCUGCCAUCCUGGAAGAUGGUUCCGUCGUUGCAUGGGGCCAUGGAAAUGGUGGUGGUGACAGCUCAGGAGUUCAGGAGCAGCUGAGGAGUGUGAAGCAGGUGCAGGCCUCUGGUUUCGCGUUUGCUGCUGUGUUGGAUAGUGGAUCAGUCGUGACUUGGGGCAAUCCGCGCUAUGGGGGCAACAGCUCUGGAGUCCAACAUCGGCUCAGAAGUGUGCACCACAUUGAGGCCACAUCCUGCGCAUUCGCUGCCCUGUUGGCAGAUGGAUCCGUUGCUACAUGGGGCUCUUCAGCUUACGGCGGUGACAGCUCAGAAGUACAAGAUCAGCUCAGAAAUGUGCUGCAGCUGCGGGCCACAGAAAGUGCAUUCGCUGCAGUGUUGGCUGAUGGAUCUGUCGUGACAUGGGGCAAUCCACACUUUGGUGGGGACAGCUCUGCAGUCCAGGAUCAGCUCAGGGGUGUGCAGCAGGUUCAGGCCACUGAGCAAGCGUUUGCUGCCAUCCUGGCAAACGGAUCAGUCGUGGCAUGGGGCUCUCCAGAUGGAGGUGGUGACUGUUUUGCAGUCCGUGAUCUGAUAGCCACCGUUUAGAUUGCACAUAAUUUUAUAUAAUUUUAUAUAAUUUUGGUUAAUUCAGUUUUUUCCGCUGAGUAGGGCCUAGUGUUCUCAAACACUUCUGGCUUUAAGUUUAGUAGGACGAGUUCUCAUAGUCCUGGCAGAAAAGCUGGCAGGCCACAAUUGGCCACAUGAUUUCUCAAUAGCUUCAUGAUCCCUUAGGGUUUCUGAAAUAGGAACUUCUGCAUGCGCAUGUAGGCGCAUUAGAUUAGAAUAUAUUUAGAAUCAUUAGAUCAUUAGAGUCGAGUCAAUGGGUGCACAAGAUUGUGCUUAGUUACUCUUAGUUAGUCUUAGUUACUUAGUUGCCGGAUGUUGCCGGAUGUUGCCGGAUGGAAAAA